AUGGGGGUUGUACAAGUUUCAACCGUGAGAGGGCACAAGGCGAAACCAGGAAGGAGCUCUCAGCUUUCUCUCUCUACAAAAGCGCCCGGCUUUCUCUCUCCAGAGCAAGAGUUCGGCUUUCUCUCUCUACGGGGGAGCUCGGCCUCUCUCUCUAGAAGAGGAGGCCAGUGGAGGUGGCGGUGAAAACGCCGCGGCCACCCUAGGGGGAGGGGGCAAAUCCAAUGUCGUUUUCCCUCUCUUCUGCAAUAAUUGGCUUAAAUGCUUCUUGGGAUCUGUACUUUCGCUGAAUUCCAAGGCGUUCUAACUUUCUUCGCUCCAAUUAUUUAGCUCCAUUUCUAGGGUUUCUUUGUCCAAAGGUACUUAUACCGUCCUCACUUCUGGGACUUUUUAGAGAGAGAAAGAGCGUCUGCAGAGAGAGAGAGAGAUUUGGUAGAGAGAGUUUGUGUUAAUUUUCAUUGGUGGAAACCUUCUGAGCCACCCAUACAGCUACAGCUCACGAAAAAAGGCGGUUUUUUUAGAGAGAGAGAGUAGGUGGUUUUUAAUUUGUUUUUAGGGAUUUCUGAUGAAUUGGCGGGUGAUUUGAGGGGAAUGAGCUAGGGUUUUUCAAUUUUUUGGGGGGAAAUGGCGGCUAAUUCGAACAUGGGGGUUCACCACUCCAUGUUCAAUAGACAUGCAAUUUCGUUUGGUUCAGGGGCGAUAAAUAGCUCAGCUUCCAUGAGUUCAGAGUCAUCUCCAGGCCUCAAGCAUGACACUGGAUUGGCCGUGGAGUGGUCUAUUGAGGAGCAAUCUAUUUUGGAGGAGGGCCUUGGCAGACUCUCUGAGGAAUCAAAUAUUAUGAGGUACAUCAAGAUUGCAGCUCAAUUGCCAGACAAGACCGUGAGGGAUGUGGCUCUCAGAUGCCGGUGGAUGACGAAGAAGGAGAAUGGAAAACGGAGAAAACCUGAAGAUACUUACACCGGCAAGAAAUUGAAAGAGCGGAAGGAAAAGAUGGUGGAUUCUUCCUUGAGGACAAGUAUCCCCCCAGUCCUACCUUACAACAUUUCUCCAUAUGCAUAUACGUUUCAAAAUGUAGACAACAACAAGGUCCAAUCUUGUGAAGUUCCAAUAAUCAGUGACACAACAAGGCAUCUAUUGGAGGAAAAUGUUCGAGUUCUUCACCAAAUAUCUUCCAAUCUUGCGAACUACAAGAUACAGGACAACAUUGAGCUAUUCUGUCGUACACGGGACAAUAUUGCAGCAAUCUUGAGCGAUAUGAGAACUAUGCCUGGUAUUAUGAGCCAGAUGCCACCACUAACAUUUGGGAUAAACGAACAACUUGCUAGUGCCCUGCUACCAAAUACUUCUCAAUUGCAUUUGCAGGCUCUCAUGUUUGGUAACCCUGGUCUCCGUUUAAAACAAGAGCCCAGGUAGUUAGUGGAGCAGAGAAGCCUAUGUAAGUAGAGAUGAGGAUGUUGGUCCUUUGUAAAUCAGUGAAGAUGAGGUGGUUGAGAGGUUUUUCUUAUUGUACACGUCAUCAAUGGAAAACCACACCGUUGUAAAGAGUCCAAUUUGGAACCUGCAAUUGUGAAAUACUGGUUUUAGGUUGCAGGGAAUAAAAAGUUUGUUUAUCUUUUCUUUCAGCUGAGUAAAAUUCCAAGCCAGCAAA